CCCAAAUACUUGAACGCAAAAUUUUCUAUGAAAAAGACGCUGAUACAGUAAGAACAUUCAUCAAAUCUCUCAAAAUUUAUGAACCUUCAAGCGACAAAUACAGAGGAUUUAGUGAAAAAUUGGGUUUGUCUGAAGUGGGGCAACGCCAAUUUUACAAUCCUUGAAGAUGGGCAGAUCGAUAUCAGUGGGUGAGGUGAGUAUCUAUUAAUCUCUCUUUCUCUACAAUCUGGGCACUGUUCUUGUUUUCCUUGGGUUUGUUCUCAAUUUAGAGAUCAAUAUCUUUUCGGGAUGUGGGUUUGCUUCGAUUAGCGAUGGGAAGCGCAGAGGAGAAAGUUGUUGCCGUGAUCAUGGUCGGCGGUCCCACUAAAGGAGCUUGCCUAAAGACUAUGUAAGAUUGGAUCAAGACAUCCUAUCACCUUUUGCAGGGAAGAAACAGUUAUAUACGUACGAAACUACGGACGACUGGGAACAGAUCAAGACGCCUGCAUAAGUUGUCUUUGUGUGUGAAUCCUUGCAGAAUGUCCUUCAAAUGCUCUGGCUUAUACCCGACCUAUUGGCGAGUGGAGAUGGUACGAAAGACGCUAUCAUCACUGCUUAUGUUUAUAUUCAUCCUUCAGCUAAACUACAUCCAACUGCUGAGGUAUUAUUAUGUUUAUUGAUUAUUGUAUGCUUCUGAUUUUAGUACUCCCUUGCCAUAAUUGAUGUCUCUCUUCUUUGAGAUGGACCAGAUUGGCCCUAAUGUUUCGAUGUCUGCUAACGCUCGGAUUGGAGCUGGUUCUAGGCUCAUUGGUUGUAUUGUUCUUGACGAGGUCGAAAUUAAGGAAUGGAAAACAAACAGCAAGCAAUUUGAAAAGAGAUCCAAUAAUUGAUUUAUGGUAUAUGCCGAAGACGAAGACUCCAGAGUCAAAAGAGCGAGUCUUCGUCAAGCUGCAGCAGCAGAGGAGGAUAGCAGGAGGAGGCGAGACCAUCAUCGGAGGCUGAGGAAAAUGGUUCACGCCAGGCUUGAAGACGCCACUGGUUUUAAGGCGGAGCUCAUCGGAAGCGCCUGGACGGCCGCCGUAAAAGCUCACAGGUAUGCAGAGAAGCCAUUUCUCGUUGAAACUAGCAGCAGAGACUUUUCCAUCAUCAGUUUCCCCGGAUCUUGGUCGGCGGAAGGCUGGUUCUCCGGUUCCGAUUCAUGUUUUGGAGAAACGAAGAUCAACACCCAACUGUUUCCGUCCAUCAGGAGCAUCGGCGUUAACGAUUAUGCGCUCGUCAACUCCGCGUUUCUCCACAGAUUUGAAGCCAUUUUAGGGAAGCUGAUCAAGGAGGUCAUGCGAGUGAGUAAGGCAGUGGUAUUUACUGGCCACUCUGCAGGCGGUCCGAUAGCCAUUCUUGCAACCAUUUGGCUACUGGAAGAGCAAAGAAAGAACUCAAACUCAAACACAGACACCAACUCCUCCACUCCUCCAAAAUGCAUCACAUUUGGAUCUCCCCUUGUUGGUAAUUUCAUUCUCUCCCAUGCUCUUAAGAGGGAGAAAUGGUCUAUCCAUUUCAUACACUUCAUCAUGAGAUACGACAUUGUCCCACGAAUCCAUCUCGCUCCCCUACCUUCCUUGCAGCCAGUACAACUGCAAACCAUCCUCAACUCCUUGAACUCGAGAUCUCUCGAAUCGUCGUCAAAUGGGGAUGUAACUACUGCAUUCUUCACGACAGUGAUGAGCAAUGCAUCGAGUGUGACAAACAAUGCAGCCUGCCAUCUUAUGGAAAGCACUAGUCUUUUGCUAGAAAACUUGAGAAGCUUUAUCAAAUUGAGUCCUUAUAGCCCUUUUGGGACUUACAUUUUCUGUACCGAGAGUGAUGAGGUGGUGGUGCUGACCAACCCGCAUGCUGUUUUACAAAUAUUAUUCUACUCCUGUCAGUUGAACUCUGAGAGCGAACGGGGUCAGGUAGCUCAUCAGAGUUUAAAGGACCAUUGGGAGUAUGAAUCUAAAAUGCACCAAAACUUGGAGCUCCAGCAUGCUGUUCGUCUGGAUGAAUUGCACAAGCUUCCUCUGUCUUUGACUGGAAGGAGCACGCCAAUCACACAAGCCUUGAAUCGACUCGGCCUAAGUACGAGGGCUUUAUUGAAUCUUCGUGCAGCUGGCACAUACGAAGAGAAAAAGACAAAAAACCAAGAAAGGAUGGAAGCAAAGAAGCAAUAUAUCGAGCAAGGAUUGAAUUGGCUAGAAGAAAACUACAGAGCUGUAUGUAGGGUUGAUGGUAUGGGAUAUUAUGAUGCAUUCAAACGCCAAAAGAAUGACACAGACUUCAAAGCCAAUAUCAAAAGGCUUGAGCAAGCAGGUAUAUGGGAUGAGAUCCUAGGAAUGCUCAAAAUGUAUGAGCUCCCUGAUGAAUUUGAAGGCAAUGACGAAUGGAUACAACUUGGAACCAAGUAUCGCCGUCUCGUUGAGCCUUUAGAUAUUGCUAAUUACUACAGACACUCUAAGAAUGAUGACACUGGUCCUUAUCUGAAAAUGGGAAGGCCGAACCGUUACAGAUUUACACAAAGAUGGCUCGAACAUAAUCGAAAGAUGACAGAAUACAGUGAAGAAUCGAUUCUUUGGGCAAUGGUGGAGGAGCUUCAAAUCCAAACCCAAACCAGAAUGUAUGUAGAGCAUUCAAGAGAAAUCAUAGAGCUGGAGAAGAAGAUGAAGAGAUGGGUCAAUGAGAUUGGAGAGGAUAUGUUGUUAAAGAAAUCUACGUUCAUGGAGUGGUGGAAGACACUUCCUGAACAACACAGAUCACAGUCUUGUCUUAUGGAUGAUAUUCAGAGGAUGGAAAAAAGAGACGAUGCUAUGAACUGGGAGUAGUCUGAUCUUACUAAGUACUUAAAAGGAUAUAUGAUCCAGCGUAAGGCAUAGCCUAAUGAAAAUUAGACUAUCAGAUAAUUUAUUCUUCAGAAUCCACUUUCAAUUCUUUCGCAGCAA